UUCACGUACACUCUCGCUCCUCUCUCUUCUCUGCUUUCCUAUUGCUCAAAUUCCCCCCUCCAGGCCGCGCCCGUUCGUGAACCAAAACCCCGCAGUAGGGUUUCGAAGGAGAACCCGGUCGAGGAGGAGGAACGGCAAAAAUGGCGACCGACGCGGACAUGAGCGGGUGGACGGAUCUCCUCCACUCCUCCACCAAGCUCCUCGAGCAAGCCGACUCCUCCGUCCAGUUUCCCCCUCUCCAGAGGAAUCUGGACCAGUUGGAGUCGCUCUCGAAGAAGCUCAAGACCAAAACCCUACGAACCGAAACCCCCUCCCAAUCCAUCUCUGCAGUCAGGCUGUUAGCUCGUGAAGGGAUAAAUGCGGAACAACUUGCUCGAGAUCUCAAGUCUUUCGAACUAAAGACAACUUUUGAGGAUGUAUUUCCUUCUGAAGCAACAACUGUUGAGGAAUACUUGCAGCAGGUUCAUGAAAUGGCCAUGGUCUCAUCCAUCCAAGAAGCUCAAAAGGACAACUUGAGAAGCUUCAAUGAUUACAUGAUGCAAGUCUUGGAGGAUGACUGGCAAAAGGAAAAGAGGGACUUUUUGCAAAGUUUAAGCCGAUUAUCCACAUUACCCAGGACCAAUACGAGUAUUUUGAGCAGUCGUCUCUCCCAUACUGGUCUGUUGUCAUCCCAUGCUUCCAGCCCUCAGGUUACUGUCAGUCCAGUUAGCAUGGAGAUUGCGCCUCUGGCUAAUAAGUCUAUAAUUGAAAAGAAAGCUUCAGUUUAUGCUGAGAUCGUGAGGAAUCUUAAUGAUGCAAGAGGUCGUGGAUUGCCAUUUAGACCUGCUACAGCAUUCAGAGGAGCUUAUGAAGGUUUAGGCCUUGACGUUUCUGGUACAAAAUCAGUUACCAUGCAGAAAAUCUGGCACUUGAUUCAGGCAUUGGUUGGUGAGGAUUCUAGCAGUCAGAGUAAUUUGUCCAGGAAAAUGUCACUGGUGAAAGGGGCAAGGCGCCACCUUGAGUGGGGUCAUGAGAAAUAUAUCUUGGAUACAAUCCAAAGCCAUCCUGCACAGGCUGCUUUAGGUGGGGCUGUUGGCAAUCUGCAAAAAGUUCGAGCAUUUCUCCGGGUCCGCUUAAGGGAUCAUGGCGUGCUAGAUUUUGAUGCAAGUGAUGCACGUAGGCAGCCCCCAAUUGAUACAACUUGGCAACAGAUAUAUUAUUGUUUAAGAACCGGGUAUUAUGACGAAGCAAGAAAUGUUGCUCAAUCAUCUCGUGCUGCACGCCAGUUUGCUCCUCAGCUUGCAGAGUGGAUCACAAGUGGAGGUCUGGUAUCACAAGAGACUGCCACUGCUGCUUCUGAAGAAUGUGAAAAAAUGUUAAGAAUGGGUGAUCGAGCAGGUCGACCUGGUUAUGACAGGAAGAAGCUGCUACUUUAUGCUAUAAUUUCUGGUUGUCGCCGUCAAAUUGAUAGAUUGUUUAGAGAUCUACCGACACUUUUUAAUACCAUAGAGGAUUUCUUGUGGUUUAAAUUGUCAUCGGUACGGGACUGCGCUGGUGGAACCUCUUCUGUUGUGUUAAGUGAAGGCUUGGUACCAUAUAGCUUGGAUGAUCUCCAAAGUUACUUGAAUAAAUUUGAACCAUCAUACUAUACCAAAAAUGGGAAGGACCCACUGGUUUAUCCUUAUGUGCUACUUUUGAGCAUUCAAUUACUUCCAGCAGUCCUAUACUUAUCCAGGGAAGUAGGGGAAGACGGUUAUAACAUUGAUGCUGUACAUAUUUCAAUUGCUUUAGCAGACCAUGGAGUUCUUUCUGAAGGUGUUGGAACUAGCCAUAAGAUAGGAGUUAUGGAUACUUGUGCUGAAGUUGCCAGCAUAAUACGCCAACAUGGUUCCGUCUACUUACGUCAUGGUAAUCUUGAACUAGCUUUGGAAUACUAUGCACAAGCAGCUGCUGCAAUGGGUGGAGGGGAGAUGUCAUGGAUUGGACGAGGAAAUACUGAUCAGCAAAGACAGAGAAGUUUGAUGUUGAGGCAACUGCUCACUGAAAUACUGUUACAGGAUGGAGGUAUUUUCUUGCUUGGUCCAAGAGAUGCUGGGGAAGAAGCGGCACUUAGUAAAUACAUUUUGGAUUGGAAAAGCCGACAACAGUUUCUACUUGAAGCUGCUCAUCAUUGUCAAGAAGCUGGGCUCUAUGACAAAUCUGUAGAAAUCCACAAGAGAGUUGGAGCUUUUGCUAUGGCAUUAGAGACGAUCAAUAAAUGUCUUUCAGAUGCAAUCUGUGCAAUGUCGCGUGGUAGGCUAGAUGGUGACAGUCGAGCUGCUGGUCUAAUUCAUUCCGGCAAUGAUAUACUGGAGACAUUCAAAUAUUCUCCUGAAGCCAGCCUUCAUGAAAAGGAACUUAUUUCUGAACAGCAAACAGUAUUAAGGCAGCUUGAAGCUAUUUUAUUUGUCCAUAAGUUAGCCAGAGCAGGCCAGCAUGUGGAUGCUUUGAGAGAGAUCACUAAACUCACUUUUCUUCCAUUAAAUCCUCGCGCACCAGAUGUUACAUUUGAUGUCUUCCGGAAUUUAUCUCUUCAUGUACAAGCAUGUGUACCAGAUCUCCUCAAAGUUGCUCUAAGUUGUCUGGACAAUGUUACAGACACUGAUGGAGCACUCCGUGCAUUGAGGUCUAAGAUUGCAAACUUCGUAGCAAACAACAUGACCAGAAAUUGGCCGCAUGAUUUGUAUGAAAAGGUUGCUCGAAGCAUAUGAAAAAUAUGCUGCAAUUUGAGUUGGAAAGAAUCAAACAGGCUCAUUAUGGAAUAUGUUUAACAUGUGUUGCAGACCAUUUUGUAAUCUGAUGUCAUUUCCCUCAGACUAAGAAAUAAACAAGAUUUUGUCCAAUGUUGGUCUGUUUACAGUGUUUCUGUAUUGAUUGUGUGCUGAAAAUUUAUGUAAUUCUAAGCCCUAGGCUUUCUAUACGGUUUA